UCGGCCGGCGACUAUGACUCGAGAACCAUCAGCGCAUCCGGUUAGUUAGUUAGUUUUUAAAGUAUGAAAAUUACUGGAACUAUCAGUUGUACACGUGCGAGUGAUCGUGAAACAUGAACGUCUAUAGUUUCUAUAAGCUUGCCUAAGACGAUUCAGUAUAAUCUUUACUCUGUACUUGAAAAAUUAUUAAUUUUUUUUCUGUUUUUUUUUUUUUUUGAAAAAAAUUUUCCCGAGAGCUUUUUAUUUAAAUGUUUGCGGUAAUUUUUUUUCUUUGAAAUUUGAAAUUCUGCGGAUUACUUCAAUCUCAAGAAAUAAUUGUUACAGACAAAUUCACCGGAAGUUUCAUCUCAAUGAAUCAUGGGAAAUUACCUGUUGAUUUAUGGCGGGAAAAAUCUACGCAGUUUAUAUUUUGAAAGCCAACUUUUUGAUAACACAAUUUGCGGGGGAAAAAACGGAAAUAACAUAACAAGAUAAUCCUCACGUCAUCGUAUACGUUUUUUUUUAUCAGCAUGUGAGAAUAUUUAUCGAAUACGAAUUGAUAAAAAGACCUCGUGAAAUUACAAAGUGAGAAGACAAUAAAGCUCUGAUUUAUUCACAGUGUUUUCGUGUGUGUAUAAAAUUCGUAAUGGCUGCCAGUAUCAUUAGUAGAUUUCAGUUUUUUGACAGUUAACAUAUACAAAGUGAAAAGAAAUGAUUUACUUUUGUUUGAAAUGAAAGAUUAUUUUGUGAAAAAGAAAGGAAUUGUGCAAAAAAAAAUAUAUCCUAAUCGACAGUACGAGCGCUACGAGUCGAUUUGUUGUUAUAAGGGAGAGAGAGAGAGAGCAUCGAGCAGCUGGUUUGUGUGUCUAUCGAAGGUAACGAGAUAGAAAUUCCAGGACACCUGUAAUCCGGAUGCAUAAAUACUUAUAUACUCUUAUAUCACUAGGAGAAAUUCAUUCUCUACCUUAUCCUCUUUGCGGUAUCGUAAAAGCAAUUGUAAAUGAACAAGGAUCAUUUCGAAGAUAAAGGUAGAAAGGACAAAUCAAACGAAAUGGUAGAUCCAGUAGAGGAGGCUAAUGAAAAAUACGACGAGUUUGAUAUAAUAAAAAUGCCGAUUGCAAGAACUUUAAGCAAAAGUCCUUUAAGUGACGAAGGAAUUGAAACAGAUUCCGAAAGAAAACGUUCUGUUAUGGGUCGAUGUUGGAGUUUUGAUUCAACAGUUCCAAGCGAUGAAGAUUUAUCGCAAAGUGAUCAGCAUAAUAGGAAACAAAAAUUACAAGUUACAAGAUGUUGUAGUUCUGAUAGUGCAGUUCUUAGUGAUGACGAUCAAUUGAAAGGCUGGGGAAAUCCAAUGUUAACGGACAAUGUUGAUUACGAGUCAAAUGAAGGAAGACCCAGAUAUUGGCGAACUCCAAGUGUUGUUGUGAGUGAUUAUUCGGAUUAUUCAUUUAUUGACGAGAGAUUCGAGAGAAGUGAUCUUGAUUUGGAAAAAUUUGGUGGACUCAGUGGAACGCCGAGUCAAGCGAGUAGUUGCUCCUGUCUUGAUUGUGAUGAAAUACGUGAAUUUCAAGAAGACAAUCAUCUUCUUAAAGUUUGCCGUGAUCGUCGUCAUUCUGAUUCAUGUUGUCUUUGCAUUAGUCCCACGGCCAUUUCGUCAACGAGAAAUCUUCAUGAAAAUGGUACAAGAAGAAAUUCCUGUUUGGGCUCGUCAAAUCCAUAUUUUACGAAGCUGCAAGAAGCAAAUCAGGAUUCACAUUAUGAACAUUCAAUUUCUACGGAACAUGAGAAAAAUUCUGCUAUUUUAUUAAAUAUCCCUCCAGUGAGAAAAAUAUCAGAUUGUUCGACAAAUUCAAGUUUGAGUGGAGAUGAAUUUGAGGUAACUGAACUUCAGCCAGUAAAACCUUCAAAGACAUCGGGUUGGAGAAAAUUGAGAAACAUUGUUCAUUGGACGCCAUUCUUUCAGACUUACAGGAAACAAAAAUAUCCUUGGGUGCAAUUGACUGGUCACCAAGGAAAUUUCAAAGCUGGACCAACUCCAGGAACUAUUUUAAAGAAACUGUGUCCACAAGAGGAGGCGUGCUUUCGUUUAUUAAUGCACGAUAUAUUGAGACCUUAUGUACCUGAAUUUAAAGGAGUCAUGGAUGUUCGAGAGGCGGAAGAAAGAAGUCAACAAGAAGUUGAUUCAAUGGUGACGAGGGAAGGUGAAAGUGAAGCAGAUAAAAGAACAGUUAUCUCUUCGUACCUUCAGCUUCAAGAUCUUUUGGGCGAUUUUGAGGAACCAUGCGUUAUGGAUUGCAAAGUUGGCGUUCGAACCUAUUUGGAAUCUGAACUCGCAAAAGCCAAAGAACGACCCAAGUUGCGAAAGGACAUGUACGAGAAAAUGGUACAAGUUGAUCCAAUGGCACCGAGUGCCGAAGAACGAAGACUUCAAGGCGUUACAAAGCCUCGAUAUAUGGUUUGGCGAGAAACAAUUUCGAGUACCGCGACUCUUGGUUUUCGAGUCGAAGGAAUCAAAUUAGCUCGCGGCGGUUCGACGAAAGACUUUAAAACGACACGAACUCGAGAACAGGUAACCGAAACGAUAAAACGAUUUGUGAACGGUUAUCCGCACGCAGUUCAAAAGUAUCUUCAACGAUUGAAAGCAAUUCGCGCGACACUAAAGGCAUCGCCAUUUUUUGCCUCACACGAAGUUGUGGGCUCGAGUCUUUUAUUUGUUCAUGACUCGCGAAAUGCUGGAAUUUGGAUGAUUGAUUUUGCAAAAACAUUGCCGUUGCCACAAAAUUUAUUAAGAAUUCAUCACGAUGCAGAAUGGCAAGUUGGAAAUCAUGAGGACGGUUAUUUAAUUGGAAUUAAUAAUUUAAUAAAUAUUUUUGAAGAUAUCAAGAAUUCUGAGACGUAAGAAAAAUUAAUUUUUUUUUCUCGAAAGAAACUUUAAACACUUUCCACUGCCAAGUUUUUUUUAAAAAAAAUAAAAACCAGUGGACCAAUUAUGUACUCUAGUGAAAAAAAAAAUGAAAAAUCGUGUAAAUAAUUCAAUCAGAAAAACGAGGACUUUUAAAGUGAGUGAUACACAUUGUGUUCAGACUUCAUGACGAAUAGAUCAAAAUUUACAUUUUUUACAUUAAAGGAAUUUAAUAUUCCCUAAAAGAAAAAGAAAAACUCGUUUGAAAAACGAGCAAAAAACAUUCAUUUACAAUUAAAGUUAUUUCUUCGAUUUAUUGGAAUUUUACAAUAAAUACGAGAAUUAAAAUAAUUAGUACGAAAACCAGACCAAAGACGCGGUGGCAUUUUUUUUUUGGUGUCGCCUAGAAACCUGAAAAUUUUGUACAUUUAGUUAAAAAAAAAAAAAGAAAAAAAUGAAAAAAAAGAAGAGCGUUAGACUGUAAUAUUAAUAGUUAAUUUAAUUUAAAGUUCGACGUAUACAUAAGUUUUUAAUUUAUAUUGCAAAUAACUUUAUAUGAAAUCAGUUUUUUGAUACAGAAUCUUCCGUAUUUUGUAAUCACAAACUGUAAAAUCAUUUUGUAAAUUACAUCAUCUCACACACACACACACUUUGUAUUCAUUUUUUGAUCACAAUCGCGUAAUAAAAAAAAACAACAUAUUUUAA